AUGCCCAAGCAGGAGGAACCACUCAAUGAAGUUAGUUUGAACACACCGGCUGGUAAAUCCAAUGCUCUCAUGUGCCAAUCGAAAUUGAAAUACAAUAAGGAAAAUGCUGUUAGUACAAUAGACGUUUAUGAAUCACUAGAUCAAAUUUCUUCCUUAUUGAAGGAUAAGAGAUCAACGGUAAGACAAAAGAUGGAGAUAAGUGAUCAAUUUUCAUCUUUGUACAAAUUGGCUAAAAAGGGCCAUAUGAUAAAUGUUUGGAAGACACUGAGUAAACAUCAUCUCAUGUUUGUAGUGAAACUUUUCAAUUGUGAUGAUUCCAAGGCGGCGCAGGAGGAAAUUUUACAUCUUUACAAUGAAACCAAUCCCUUCCAAGUGGUUAAUUUACACCAAAUACUAUUAUCAGAUUUUAAUUUUUGCAAUGUGGCGUAUUUGUCCACACUCAAGAUUUUAGCUAUGCAGGCCAUACUAAAGUUAAAAUCUUGUAACGAUUACGAACAGACGUUAUUACAAGUUUUUUCUCACGAUGAGAGAUACCUACUUCGAGACACCAAUCUAAAGAUGCAUACUGUGGUCAAACUUUUACUAAAUUUCUAUUCAAUAUCACCUUCAUACAGGGUGAUUUUUGGGUUAAAAUUCGUACAGUACGUGAACCAAUACAAUUUGAAGAUGGGGGAUUACAUUAAAAACAUGGAUAUCUUAUCAUUCGAGAGACAGUUACUUCGCUACGUACCGAAGCAGAAUAUAACCACUUAUAAAUUGUACCUCAAUUCAAUUUACAUGCAAUACACAAAACAUAGACGGACUCCAGAAAAGGUGAUGCUAUCCGAUAUUCUUCCAUCGAAUGAACAGAAUCCUUCGAAAGAUAUACUGCAGUUGAUAGACACUAAGGAUGAACAGCAAAAACUCUUAGCAUUCAAGACAGAAGAUUUAAUCAGGAUAACUAAUGAGUCUCUGAAACAUUUAGAAGUGGGAAAAGUAUUAGGAUUACUGCGAAAAGUUUGGUUUAUUUUAAGGCAUGAUUUUUCCAGAGAUAAUAGACAUACGGCUACUUUUUCCGAUAAAACUCUGAUUUUUAUCAAUACCAAAUUAUCAGAGUUCCAUGAAGGGGAAAAUGAUAUCAUGGCUCUAUUGGAAACGUUGUACGAAUAUUGUAUUGACAACCAAGAGCAACAGCGGUUGAAUAACAUUAUCAAUACGAUGUUCAACUGUUCAGUAGUUUUGAAAGAUUAUGGGUUUCUCAAGUCGGCGGCACGCAUGGAAGUAUCGAAAUACUACAUUUUUAAAGAUACCAAAUCAAUAAGACCAAUGCUGAAAAAGUUUGAAAAGUUCAUCUCAUGCUCAUCAGUUUCAAAACAGGCUUCAGAAAUCUUUGCUCUUAUAUUCAACGUUCAUCUUACUCUAAAUGAACCAAGUUUCACAUCAUUGCAAAAUUUUUGUCAAACGACUUUUGGAUCUGUAUUUGCCAAGUUGAAGCUGCGUAGCUAUGUGAGUUUUCCAAAUUGCUCUGAAGUCAUGUUGGCGCUUUUGUAUUCUAAUGCAUCUAAUAUUCACGUCCCCUUGGAGUCUUGGUCACCCACUACACAGAUGCUUUAUUCCUGCUUAUCGGGUGUCCUCAACCUCAAUACCACAGAUAUUAUUAAUUCAAGUUGUAGCAGGGAACAUAUGCUUCAAAGAUACGAGGUGUUGAUUAAAACUGCCUAUUGUUUCAACGUUGAAAUGAGUAAACAUUCCAGUAUGAACUUAGUAUUAAUCACAAAAAGGUACAUGGAUAAGUGGGUCAGUCGGAUUGUGUCUUCUGUGGAUACAAUAUCUCCUUUUGAAAUGGAAAUGCUGAAGAUGUUACUGCAAUAUUUGAAAUUUAAUAAUUUGGACAAAACUCUUAUAGAUUUGACGGACCUCCUAAGUUCCAAAGAGGAUUUUUAUGAAUGCAUUUCGACGGAUAUUGAGUUUUAUAGGUGCAGUGCACUUAUAGAUUUAAAGAUGUCAAACGAUCUAAAACUAAUGAAAGAUUGCAUAUUGAAUUCAACUUGCAAUUUUACCUUGAAAUUGGAGCCUCUACUAAAUGUACUACAUUUAAGAUUGAAACUCUUCCUCUGGGAAGAUGAUCAAUUCGGUUUUCAAAAAUUGUUCAUCCAUGAAUUGCCUUUAAUGAGACCCGAGCUUCUGGACGUUGAUAAUAAUACAAAAAUGCCCGCUUCGAAGUAUGUUAAAAUUCUUCUGUUCAAUAUUGAUCUUUUAGGAGCUGCAUCAAGACUUCAUAUUUCUAGUGGACGAAUGCUAGAAGCGGUAAUCGAAGCGAAGAAAGCUUUAAAACUCUCCGUCUGUCUGUUAAAAAAGAUCGAUAAGAUCUCUCAGCGUUCAAGAUUGAAAUUAAUUCUAUCACUCGCAUUUGCCUAUAUGAAUCUCAUUAAGGCCUACAUUCACAUUGGCGUGUCCAGAGACUGUGAAUAUUACAUCAAGGAAUUUUCCAAAGUCAUUUGUGAUUUAGGAGAACCGAAUGUAGUUUUUCUUUCUCUCCAUUUUCUAUAUCAGUAUUACCUAUUGACUGAGCAAACUGAUUUAGCGACAACGGUUUUGAAGAAGGGCAAUAAGACGUUUAAUUUCAUCGACGGCGAAUCAAAUAUUUGGGGCCUAACUUUAUUCCUUUACGAUAAUGAGGAAAAAGAAAAAGUUGGCGAUUGUUUAAGGAUAUUUUUUGGUGACGAAUUGCCAAAGACGUUUUUAUUGAGGUACUGGGAAUUGAAAAUGGGGUAUGUGGUCAAUAGUUUCGAAUGCCCCCAGAAAUAUAGAGGCCAAAAUAAUAUUAACAAGGUUAAUUCAAUGUACAGGCAAGUAAUGCAGCAAUUAGAGUCGGAUCCGUUCUUCAAAAGUAUGUUUGAUUCUCUUAUAGCCGCACCGUCGUGUCAGCGUUCCCAGAAUGAAGCCAAUAGUAUCAUACAAACUCCUAGCAAACAUCAUUUAAAAUCCAACGUAAAUGCAUCUCCCAGAUCAUCUAGUAUGACGCCAAGAGGCAAGCACAUGAGGCAGAAGUUUGACAGAGCAGCAGCCAUUAAUAAUUUAGAAACCCUGAAAAAAUUCAUCGAAGAGAUUGAGCUCGAGCCAUUAAAGAAUCAUGAGUUGUCACAAUUGGCUUCCUUUUAUUCUCUGACUUUAUCAUUACUUUCAUGCAUAUGUCCUCAAAAGGUUACAGAGAGGAAUUUGACGGAUAGACUGGUUCUAUCUGACUUAUCCAAAUGUCUACCACUAUUCUACGAUAAUGUUUUCAGUGAAAUCAACCAUGAGAUUUACUCCGAUUUCCAUGUUUUACCCAUGAAUGAAGUCCCUGUACCAGUUUCGACGGAGAAGGAGAAAUUGCUUCAUCUGCAAGAAAGCUUCAGAAAAUGUAGCCAAUCUUUCAAUGUGAUCUCCAUCGACGUGUGUCCCGCUAACGAAAAUCUUUUAAUUAACAAGUUAGAGUCUAAAUCAGGAAGGAUGAUACAUUUGCGUGUGCCGUUAGACAGAACAUAUACCAGAGACUUGGAUAGUCAUCGAAUGACAUUCUAUGAAGCAAGGAAUGAACUCAUAUCUAUUGUUCAGGAAAGUAAUGCAACCACAUCGGCGGAAGUCACAAGUGCUAUCAAGACAAGGGAGGAACGGCGUAUGUGGUGGGAAACGCGGUACGACUUGGAUAGACGAUUAGAAUUGUUGAUUACCAACAUGGAGCAUUACUGGUUUAACGGUUUAAAAGGUAUAUUUUGCCCUGAAGUUAUAAAUACUGAACUUUUGGAAGAAUUUAAGGCUAGAGUAAACGAAAUUUUGCAUCAAAAUUUGCCAAGUAGAAAGCAAUUUGGUAACCCAUCGAUGUUCACACAAAUUGAUAACUGGAUAAUCGGGCUAAUGCUCAAGUUGCAUCCUCAGGAUGAUCACUUUAACUUCAUGAUCGAGGACAUAUUAUAUUUCAUACUUGACAUAUUACUCUUCCAAGGAGAAGAAAAUGCGUAUGAUGAAAUAGAUUUUGGUGUGAUACACAUUCAACUCGAAGAACAAAUUAGAAAAUUUCGAGCACGAUUACGUGAAGGUGAAAAGGUGAGCCACACAUUUUUGGUCAUUGGUAAUGAAUGUCAUAUGUUCCCCUGGGAAAAGCUGUCCUUUAUGAAUUCCCUAUCUGUUAGUCGUGUCCCCUCCUUUGGUUAUCUGAAUGAUGUUCUGCAAAAAUUUGAUUACAACUUGUUCCCUGAAGUUUCGCUAGGCGGUAAAAUCUCAAUGGUUCUAAAUCCGCAUGGUGAUCUAAGUAGAACAGAAACAAGGUUCUCUUAUCAAUUCUCCAAGAUUGCACAAGAAAAGAAAGAAUCUAAAUUACUGGUGAAUUCGAAGCCAGAAGAAUCGAUUUUCCUACAAAUGUUGAUUUCUUCGAAUGUAUUUGUGUAUUUGGGGCAUGGUGGUGGUGAGCAAUAUGCUCGCCUCAAGGAGAUUAAAAGAUGUAAUAGCAUUGCACCUAGUUUCUUAUUAGGAUGCUCAUCUGCAGCGAUGAAAUAUUUUAAAAAUUUGGAACCGACAGGAACGGCUUAUGCAUAUUUAGUAGGCGGUUGUCCUCUAGUGUUGGGUAAUUUAUGGGACGUGACUGACAAAGAUAUUGACAAGUUUAGUGAAGCCGUAUUCGAUAAGAUCAAUUUUUUCGAAGAGCAGAAUAAUUCUUCAGAUGGCAGGAAUCUCAGUCUAGCUGUAUCCUCAUCAAGAGACGUUUGCCAUUUGAAAUAUUUGAAUGGGGCGGCACCAGUCGUCUAUGGUUUACCCAUGAAAUUUUUUUAA